GUUUUAGUGACAUCUGACAGAAAAAAGGGGGGGAAAUGGAAGACGUAUUUUUUGAUUUUGAUCAAGAUGCUGCCACAGACUUUCCCUUCUGGGGCCAAAUGGACCCUAACUCUCAGUUCCAGUCUCAGAUGGACACGCUGCUCUUUGACUGCAGCGCAAUGACAGGUCAGCUGUCCCCCUGGUCCUCUUUCGGGUGCCAGUCCGUGUUCCCAGAGGCUCAGCUGACCUUCACGGACUUAGACUCGCAGUCUCCGCAGCUGGAGGUCGGUGCUGAAGUGGACAGCUCCUCAGUCGACGAUCCCCAUGAGAUCAGCAAUCACAGACAGCGGCGCUUGACGUCCCAUCAUCCGUACAAGGUGCAGCGCCACGCCGCCAACAUCCGGGAGAGGAAGAGGAUGCUCAGCAUCAAUUCUGGAUUUGAGGAGCUGCGCUGCCAUGUGCCCACGUUCCCCUACGAGAAACGGCUCUCCAAAAUAGACACAUUAAGACUGGCCAUUGCUUACAUCGCCCUGCUCAGAGAAAUCCUCAUGUCAGGCUGUGACCCCAAGUCAUAUGUGGAUGAAUGCAUGAAGAACGGCUAUAAGAACCAGACCAAUGCCAUCUGGAACACAAGUGAUCUGACAGCUCGGCUCUCUUGGAUAAAGUGGGAUUAACUGCACUGUGGGCCGGGAAGAGAGAUGCCGGCUCUCCCUCCUUUCUCACGCUCCUCUUCAAAGCUGGCAUGGCACGACGACACCACGACAUCUGCAGACUUCUCACCGUGUUACACCUCCUGGCACUCGGGACACUUUUUAUAUUCUAAUUUGUUGUGGGUUACAAUCAGACCCCUUUUGCUCAUCCAGACGGUCGUUGUUUGUUGUAAAUGAGGCCUUAUUAGGACAAAGCCGUGGCACUUGUCCCUGUGUGCAAGAUGAGAGAAUGGCAAAUCGGCAAAAGUUCAAAAAAAUGUUUG